AUGACCACGCCCGAAGAGCUCCUGGAGGCGCUCGAUGGCUUCUUCUUAGCGGCAGAGUACGGCCGUUCCGAUGUCAUUAAGGCACUGGCGGACCACAGUCGUGGUCGGCUAUCGUUUGCUGAUGUGGUGGACCCCGUCACGGGUCGCUCACCGCUGCAUGUGGCUGUAGCAAGCGGCAAGAAGGACGCGCUUCGAGUUCUUUUGGCUGCGGGCUUCCCCCCAGAGCAUCAGAGCAAGAAUGAGACUGGAAAAGAACACGACAAUCGAUCGGCGUAUGCUCUGGCACAAGAGCUGAAGGCUCAGGAUCUGAUGGUGGUCUUCCAUCAGUUUCUGAUUCAACAAGUUGCAGCGAACGAUGUACAGAGUGUGAACCAGUUGCUGGCUGCUGGAGUGGACGUAGGCGUCCGAGACGCAGCGACUGGAGGAUCGCUGCUGCAUUGGGCAGCGUCUUGCCAAGCGCUGGACGUGAUGAAAGAGUUGCUGGAGAGGGAGGACGUGCAAAGACUUGAGUUGGUGAACACCCGCAACGGAGAAGGCGCCACGCCGCUGCACUUGGCGUGUCACGCGAACCAAGUGGAGUGUGUUGAGAUGCUACUGAGGUGUCAUGCAGAUGUGAGUAUGAAAGGUGACAAGGGGAUUAGCAAAGGUAAGACGGCAAUGGAGCUGACGACAAUGCCAGAAGUGAAGGAGCUGUUUUCUCGGAAAUGCGAGGGGAUAAGUGCUGACGACAAGUCCAAGGAAUCGAAGAUGGGUGAUAGAAGUAGAGAAAAUGAAGGGAAGGGGGUAGAGGCGUCGUGCCCAUUGGUGGCAACGCAAGGCGAACAAGGAGAAUCAGGGGCUGAUGUGCACAAUGUCCGAAAUGAGACGCUACUGUUGCAGCUCGAAGAGAAGGAUUUGCUAGUGGGACAGCUGAAAAGGACUAUCGAAGCGCUUGUGCAGGAACUGCAAGAAACGAGGAUGCUUGGGGAAGAGCGUGUCAUGCUCGAUUAUGUCCGUAAGUUGCGAGAGGAAAAGUCGAUCAUUCAGAGGCAGCUGGAGGACGCCAACGAUUACAUAAAAGACCAACAACGGCUACUGGAUAGUUUGAAGAAGCAGAUCCAAGCAACCAUGUCAACGGCUGGCAAAGAGCUUGAAACUGACCACGACGUUUCCUCUCAAACUAGUGAUGGCUCCACAGUCAGCCCCGCAAAUGGUCCUUCGGAUAGCAGCUACAGCAUGAUGAGCCUUACGGAUUCGCAUCACGCGGAGACACAACCAAACGAAGGUAGUGGACCGAAUAGACCUCAUGCGCAACCGCUGAAGCUGAAUGCUUGGGCGUCCAAGGCGCAGCGCGAGCAAGGAAGCUUGACUCGACACAUUGACAAGCACGGCUCUGGCACUUGGAGUACUGUGUGGAACGGUCUUUGGGUCGGACCAAGCGAGGUAGCGCAGGACGCAGAGGACGAGGUUGUUAUAACGGUGUGA